AUGGGGUUGGGGCCGCGCUCCCCCCACAAGGCCGGGCGCCGGUUUCCAGCUGGUGGAAAACGGGGGCGCGGGGCCCAGGGGUCGGGGCGCCCCUCAGGUCCCCCGCGACAGCCCUGCCGGCCCCCGGACGGGCGCUCGCCGCCGGCUCUCGACGCGCACCCUCACCUGAGCCCCGAAGCGCUGGGGUACUUCCGCCGGGCGCUGUCGGCGCUGAAAGAGGCCCCGGAGGCCGGAGAAGAACGAGAGCUGAUGGUGCACAAUGUUUUGAAGGAAGUGGAGUCUCAGGCCCUCGCCUUGGCCACAAACAGGACUGGCAGUGAGAUGCUGCAGGAACUGUUGGGGUUCAGCCCCCUGAAACCUCUGUGUCGAGUAUUGGCUGCUCUGCGCUCCAACUUGCGCAGCGUGGCCUGCCAUCGAUGUGGGGUCCAUGUAUUGGAAAGUGCUUUGCUGCAGCUGCCUCGAUUGUUGGGGAGCUGUGAGGAGGAGGAGGAGGCUGAGGAGGAAGAGGAGAAAGAGCCUCCCUUGGACACCCUGGAGGAGCUGGUGCUGGGACUAGCCUCUGAGGUGUGUGAUGAUUUUCUCUUCUACUGUGGAGACACACAUGGCAGCUUCGUGGUCAGAACUCUGCUGCAGGUGUUAGGAGGGACUCUUCUGGAGUCUGAGAGAGCCAGACACCGGGGCUCCCGGUCACCUGAAGCACAAAGGACUCCAACUCGGGAAUGUAAACCAGCUGAUUUCGAGGUUCCUGAAUCCUUCUUGAAUUGUCUUCGGGACCUGAGUUCCUGCUUUCUGAAGGACAUUGCUGUGUUUAUCACUGACAAGAUCUCCAGCUUCUGCUUUCAAGUGGCGUUACAGAUCUUACACCGCAAACUGCCCCAGUUGUGUGCCCACCUCUGUAAUGCUGUGAUUGACUAUCUGAGUAAUCGCAAUUUCUCAGCAGAUGGCAGCCCCCUACUGCUGUUUCUGCGGGAUCAGACGAGCUCCAGACUUCUGGAGCAGGUGCUGCUGGUGUUGGAGCCCCCAAGGCUCCAGAGCCUUUUUGAGGAUCAUUUCCAAGGGCAGCUGCAGGCCAUGGCUGCGCAUCCCAUCGCCAACUUCCCUUUGCAGCGUUUACUAGAUGCUGUCACUACCCCUGAGCUCCUGUCCCACAUAUUUGAGGAGCUGAGUCCUGCCCUGGAAGCUGUGCUGGCACAGGGUCACACAGGGGUAGUCAUUGCCCUGGUGGGAGCCUGCCGCAGAGUUGGGACCCACCAAGCCCAGGUUCUGCAGCUGUUGUUAGAGGCAUUCCACUGUGCAGAGCCCUCUUCCCGGCAAGUGGCCUGUGUGCCUCUCUUUGCCACUUUGAUGGCUUAUGAGGUGUACUAUGGAUUGGUGGAGGAGGAGGGGGCAGUGCCUGUGGACCACCAGGUUGAAAUGGGCACAGCCAAGGCCCUGGGGGAAGUGACAGUCCUCGGAUCUCUACUGCUCCAGCAUCUGCUGCACUUCUCCACUCCUGGCCUUAUUCUUCGAAGUCUGGGUGCCUUGACAGGACCACAGUUUCUGACUCUGGCCCAAAGCCCUGCUGGUUCCCAUGUCCUUGAUGCCAUCCUGACCAGCCCUUCUGUGACGCGCAAGCAGCGCCGCCGUGUGCUCAAAAUCCUAAAGGGACAGUAUGUGGCUCUGGCUUGCAGUCGACAUGGCAGCCGUGUGUUAGAUGCCAUCUGGAAUGGAGCAGCCUUGGGGGCCCGGAAGGAAAUUGCUGCUGAGCUGGGAGAGCGGAACCAAGAGCUGAUAAAAGACCCUUUUGGCCACCAUGUGGCUCGAAAUGUGGCCCUGACUACCUUCCUGAAGCGCCGAGAAGCUUGGGAACAGCAACAGGGGGCAGUGGCCAAGCGGAGGCGGGUUUUGAACUCAAUUCUUGAAGACUGA